AGAGACAGAAACAGUAUGGAGAGGGUGCCGCAGCCCAGGGCCGUCAUCAACAACCCUGCUGACAUUGGAGUCAUCGUGGGCUACUUCAUCCUGGUCAUCUGCGUAGGGCUCUGGUCCAUGUGCCGCACCAACCGGAACACCAUUGGGGGUUACUUCCUGGCUGGUAGAAACAUGGUCUGGUGGCCGGUGGGUGCGUCUCUCUUUGCCAGUAACAUCGGCAGUGGGCACUUCGUGGGGCUGGCUGGCACCGGUGCUGCCAAUGGGCUGGCGGUGGCCGGCUUCGAGUGGAAUGCUCUCUUCGUGGUUCUCCUCCUCGGAUGGCUCUUCGUACCUGUCUACCUCACUGCCGGGGUGAGCAUCACACUGGGUAUAGGCGGGAGGCUGGGAGCCAGGACUUCUGGCCUGGGGGGUGCAGCGCGGCGGGCGCCGGAGCCGGGUGUGGAGCGGCUGCCGGAUAUCACGGAGCACCCAACCUGGAGCCGGGUCGUCAACCUCAACGCUAUUGUCAUGAUGGCCAUCGCCCUCUUCCUGUGGGGCUAUUACGCCUGA